CUGUAUAGGGCAUGUCUGGGUGCUCUAGUGCUCUCUACUGCUCACUGUGUUCUAUAUACAUCCUACAUACUGCACUGUAUGUGAUCUGUACCGAUCUCUCUCUCACUCACUCUGUCCCUUUCUCUCCUCUACUAUUCUCGGCUCUAAUUCUGUGCUGACUUCUGAGUUUUACUCCGCGGGACUCAAGCUCAUUCAUUCGGAAACUUAAAUCUCAUGUCAGAGGAAAAAAGAACUGCAGUUACCGGGAUAUGGAUGUAAAAACCAACAGACAGCACACAAAUAACACAUAAUUUUGUGUACGUUUGUGGGAAAGCGAACUUCUUUGAAGGAUUUCGGCAUUGUUACUCAUAACAUCAAGUUGAUUUAAGAAAGCUGCCCUGUACAGCUGUAGGGACUAUGCAUCUAAGCAGCCUUUGCAGCAUUUUGUAUCAAUUGUGUUUUUUGACGGCAACAGGUUUACAGUUCUUCCAGGAUUCAGAGUCCGAUAUAGUUUUCCCGGAGGUUUUACCAGACACGAGUCCGCCGAUUCCUGAGAGAUCAGACGGUCAGGAGAGAGACGCCAGUGCUGGCAGCAGCUCUCGGGAGGUCCGCUCCAUUUCCAACUGGGAAGAAUACGAAUCUCAAGAGUUAUACCACUGGGAACCUCCAGGACCGCAAACGCUCGCUUCCUCGGCUCUGAGGCUCAAAAUCCCAGCUUUUGGCAAGGAUUUGUAUCUCAUUCUAAAAAGAGACAGCCGAUUUCUAUCCCAGAAAUUCAUGGUAGAAAAACGACUUAAAGCACGAAAGGCGUCUCUGCACAAUUCACCAGUUCCUUCCUCCUCUAGCACAGAAAGAUCAUGUUAUUACAGCGGGACUGUUCUCAAUUACGCAGAAUCCAUUGCCUCCUUCAGCACCUGCGUCGGGCUGAUGGGGUUUAUUCAGGUGAAUGAGGACUUUUUGUUUAUUGAACCUCUGAAUGACACACUGGCUAUAACAGGCCAUGCUCACCGUGUCUACAGGAGAAAACGCUCUAUGGAGGAGAAAACAGUGAGACAGAACACACAAGACUAUUGUGGCAUUCUGCCUGAAAAACAGAAAAAUAAGAACAGAAAAUUGACAGAAAAUGGAAGAGGAAAAAGAUACUCCUAUAAAGUACCUCAAGAUUAUAACGUGGAGACCUUAGUUGUCGCUGAUCCUGCCAUGGUCAGCUACUAUGGACCAGAAGCUGCUAAAAGAUUCAUUCUCACAAUUAUGAAUAUGGUUUUUAACCUAUUUCAACAUAAGAGCCUUGGCAUCCAAAUUAACAUUCGAUUGACCAAGCUUGUGCUACUUCAGGAAACACCGACAGACAUGUACAUUGGCCAUCAUGGGGAAAAGAUGCUGGAGAGCUUCUGUAAGUGGCAACAGGAAGAGUUUGGUAGGAAGAACAUCCAUGUCGAUUUUUCUACAAGAUGGAGGGAUGACCUACCAUCUGUUGAUACUGCUAUACUUAUCACAAGGAAAGAUUUCUGCGUGCACAAAGAUGAGCCAUGUGACACUGUAGGAAUCGCAUAUCUUAGUGGAAUGUGCAGUGAGAAAAGAAAGUGCAUUUUGGCUGAAGACAAUGGGCUCAGUCUUGCUUUCACAAUUGCCCAUGAGAUGGGUCACAACAUGGGAGUAAGCCAUGACAAUGAUCACCCGACCUGUGCGGAUGGCCUCCAUAUCAUGUCUGGGGAGUGGAUCAAAGGGCAGAAGCUUGGAGAUGUGUCCUGGUCUCGCUGCAGCCGGGAAGAUGUGGAAAGGUUUCUCAGGUCUAAAGCGAGCAGUUGCCUGUUGCAGACAGAUCCCCUAAGCCUCAAUUCUGUGAUUCUUCCUUCUAAGUUACCUGGGAUGACAUACACAGCAGAUGAGCAGUGUCAGAUUCUGUUUGGGCCAAAAACAUCCUAUUGCCAAAAAAUGCAGCAUGUUAUUUGCUCCGGACUUUGGUGCAAAGUGGAAGGGGAGAAGGAGUGUAAGACCAAGCUUGAUCCACCAAUGGAUGGGACAGAGUGUGACACAGGAAAGUGGUGUAAAGCUGGAGAGUGCAUCAGCAAAGCUCCCGUCCCCGAGUCCGUACACAGCGAGUGGAGCUCCUGGGGGUCAUGGGGAGCCUGCAGCCAAACCUGCAGCACUGGGAUCAGUGUCCGGCAGCGCAAGUGUGACAACCCCCGAAUUGGUGCUAAGGGGAAGGACUGUCCUGGUCCCAGAACUCAGUAUAAAGUGUGCGAAAACAUGCCAUGCCCUGCAGGUGUGCCAAGCUUCAGGGAUUUGCAGUGUCAGACUUUCAACAGACUUUCCUCACAGAAGCACUCUGUCCCAUGGUUCUCUGUAACAGAUGAUGAGAAACCAUGCGCCCUGUUCUGUUCCACAUCUGGGAAGGAACAGCCGUUUCUCUUGGCAGAAAAAGUGCUCGAUGGAACCUCUUGUGGACCUCAGGAGUCAGGGAUCUGUGUUAAUGGAACAUGUCAGAAAGUGGGCUGUGAUGGCGUAGUAGGAUCCUUGGCCAGGGAGGACCACUGUGGAGUGUGCAACGGAAAUGGAAAGUCAUGCAAAGUUAUUAAAGGAGACUUCAACCAUACUAGGGGGGCAGGUUACAUCGAAGCUGUAGUGAUUCCUGCAGGGGCAAGAAGAAUCAGAGUUGUUGAAGAAAAGCCUGCACACAGCUAUUUGGCUCUCCGAGAUGCCAGCAAACAUUCCAUCAACAGUGACUGGAAGAUCGAGCAUCCAGGUUCAUUCAACAUAGCUGGUACUACAGUUCAUUAUGUCAGAAGAGGACUGUGGGAAAAAAUCUCUGCAAAAGGCCCCACUACUUCCCCUCUGCACCUUUUGGUGCUUCUUUUCAAUGAACAGAACUAUGGCAUCCAUUACGAGUACACCAUCCCCAUGGAGCCCGUCCCUGAGAACCACAGCACCAAGACCAACGAGCCUCUCUUCAUGUGGACACACUCAGGCUGGGAAGACUGCCACGUGGUGUGUGGUGGAGGGGAAAGAAAGACUAUAGUGUCCUGCACAAAGAUCAUGAACAAGACAACAAGCGUGGUUGACAACAGAAAGUGCCGCCACCUGACUAAACCGGAGCCACAAGUACGCAAAUGCAAUGAGCAGCCCUGCCAGGCAAGGUGGAUGAUGACAGAAUGGACCACUUGCUCAAGGACCUGUGGAAAGGGAACUCAAAGCAGACAGGUGGCCUGCACACAGCAGCUGCACAAUGGUGCUCUUGUCAGAGCCAAAGACCGUGACUGUGUUGGCCCCAAGCCUGCUACAACCCAGCGCUGUGAGGGACAGGACUGUAUGACAGUAUGGGAGGCAGGAGAGUGGUCUGAGUGCUCUGUGAAGUGUGGCAAGGGGGCUCGUCACCGUUCUGUGAAGUGCACCAACCCCCGCAGGAAGUGUGACUUGUCCACGCGUCCUCGGGAGGUGGAGGAUUGUGAGGAUUACUCCAAAUGUUACCUCUGGAGAGCGGGAGACUGGUCAAAGUGCUCAGUUACCUGUGGAAAGGGGAUGCAGUCCAGGGUGAUUCAAUGUAUGCACAAGAUCACAGGACGCCAUGGCAAUGAAUGUUUCUCAUCCGAGAAACCUGCAGCUUACAGACCCUGCCACCAAGAGCCCUGCAACGAGAAAAUUAACGUGAACACUAUCACCUCUCCAAGACUAGCUGCCUUAACGUUCAAAUGCCUGCAGGAUCAAUGGCCUGUGUACUGUAAAGUGAUCCGAGAAAAGAACCUGUGCCAAGACAUGAGAUGGUACCAGCGCUGCUGUGAGACAUGUAGGGACUUUUAUGCACAAAAAAUGCAGCAAAAGAGUUGACGACAGUAUGAGAAUUUGUUUGAAAUUCCACCAUUAUUUAUAUCAAGAACAUGCACACAAAGAAAACAUCCCUUUUCAAGCACACAUAUUCUGGAUAAUUUAAAUGGUGUAAUUUAUUCUUAUAGUCUGUGGAUUGUUUCUGUUAUGUCUGUUGUGUAGUGUGUGAAAACAAAAAACAUGCUGUUCUAUGAAAAAUGUAAAUGUUUAAAAGCAAAUGCCACUCUUUCAGAAAUAGCACAUUUAUUUCAGCCUCGUUUGGCUUAGCCAUAGAGCAAGAUGUUCUAUGGUUUGUAACAGAGUCAGCCCAGAUUAUAAUGUGUAGCUCAGAAAUGAAAUGUGAUAACAGCAGAUGGCCAGAAAAGAAAAUGUGCUGAGUUUUAUAAAACCGUGUACUGAUAUUAAAGAUGGCUGCAUAUAACCCUAUACAUUUUAUAUUAAACAGUAUUGGUGCUUCUCAAGACUAAUCAGACAUUACAGUUAGCAUCCCUGUCAUAUAUAUCUAUGCACAAAAGAAACUUAACAUUCUUGUCUAAUGGAACAUAAUAUAUUUUAAAUAUUUUAAUCAUAGAUCCUUCCAUCCAUUUUCAGUAAAUGUUUUAUCUUUAGUGGCUCAUAAUGAGCCAGAUCCUAAUCCAGCAGGCACAGAGCCAUGGGGCUACACUUUUGAUGGGACACAAUCCAUUGCAGGGCACACAAACACUUGCACUCACACAUACUGUACUUGCAUAUGGGGGUAAUUUAAAGAUGUCUGUUAGCCUGGACAACAUGGAUUUCAACUGUGGGAAGAAAAUGUAGUUUACACAUAGAUGUUGAACAAAAUCACAGAAAAUGUGAACAAACAUACAUAUCAAAGAAUCAUGAUAUGGUUUUUAGUGUGAGAUACAGUAUGGCACAAUGUCAAAAUGAAAAUAUAAUUAAGUCAUUGUCAGGAAUACCAUCCCUGUGUGCUAACACUGUCCUGGCAUUAUUGAUGCAUAGAUCUGAUGAGCCUGUGGGCAGAAUACUGUAGGAUAUUCCACAUCUGGACUGACGAUGCUCUAUUAGACAUAAUGAUCUAGCUAUAGGAAGACAUUUUUGCAAAGGUGUGCCAUUUUAAUACUAUCCCUGUGUGGUUUGUCCUGCUGGAAAAUCAACACAUUUAGACUGACCUGCUGAGGAAAUUAAUAACUUAAAGACUCUGACAAUUUAUCACUAAGCAGUAGGCUUGCCCUCAAUGUGUAUACUUACAGUAUGUUAAAAGACAUUCUUGCCCAUGAUAUCAUUCCUUCACUACACCACAUAUUGGCUUCAAUAAUACAUCAGACACUACAACAACCCCACACAUUGUCACCAAUCACGUCUGUCAAGGACAAAACCACAUUUGAUGGGAAAAACACACCACCACUCUGCAGCCCACAGAAAACAGUGAUUCCAUCUCUUCUCUGUGAGCGCGUUUCCCCUUGAAUAGUCUCCAAACAUGCAGAUUAUUUUCAGGUAGAUUGAUGAGUACAGUUGUUCUUGUGAAGUGUGACUCCAGUUUGAAAAUUCAGAUGGAUCAGAUAGAUGUGAUGUAGUGGACCACCGUGGUGGCCUCUGCCCUCAACAAUAUGGUGUCACUCAAAGAGAAGGUUUCUUGUCUUUUCUGGUCUAGUCUGCUGAUUGUUCAAGCUGUUGUAGAACGUUUUUGCAAAAAGCCUAAGACUGUGUUUUGUUCUUUUUACAGCACACUUUAAGGUUAAAUAUGCAGAACAUAUUGAAUGCAAACUAUAGUAUAGUGCCCAUGGAUGAUACUUAUUUUCUCAUUAGUAAUAAGAAUGUGAACAUUACAUUCUUAUUUUCUGCACAUACUGUACAUGAGUGGUAUAAAGUCAUGCUGAAAGCAGAAUGAGCAAAGUCAUUGAAACAUAAAAAAUGUUUUUAAAAAUGUCUGGGUGGAUAUUUUAUAUUUUCUAACUUGUCCAGCCAUUUAUUAUAUCCUUCACCAUAACAGUGCAUGAAAUAUAUUAGCUAAAUUCUGUAUUUGUGAGGUGCAACUUUAAAAUAUAAAUUAAGCACGGUCCCAGUUCUAGUCUGGCAAAUUUCAUGUUUUUAUUAUUUUAUCAUUUCAAAGUUGAUGUAAUCAAUGCUACUGUAAUUCAGAAAUAUUCAAAGGGGAAGCUGGUAUCCACCCAUUCUCAAAAUUAUAUUUCAAGACAUCAAUAAAAAUAUAGUGGUUCAUGGAACAGGUACAAUAUAUUUGUGACAUAACUUAAUUUUUUUCCUUCAGUUUGAUUAGAAAACAGCAAGUAUGAGAUAGUUGUAAAACAGUACAAGUAUAAGAUUACAGUGUAUGUGGAGUAUGUGCAAAAUAUGUCUAUCAUCUAAUAGUCAGUUUGUGAGAAUGGUAUUGGGAUGUCAUUUAAUCAAAAUGCUAUAUAAAUGGGUCAAAAAAGGAAUUGUUGGCUGUAUUUAGGAAAAUAGUUACAGAUGUAAAAAUUUCAGCAACAAUAGAGUGCAACUUCUUUCACUGGCACUUGGAACUUUAGUGUCACCUGCUGGCUAAAGAAACACAUUAAGUCCUUUGCCUCAGAUAGGGGGCAGCUUUUCAAGUUUUUUUCAAACUUAGUUUAUGGUCUUAUCAAAUACAUUAUCAAAGCAUUUGAGCUCAAAGGUUGUUUGAAAUAAUCUGAGAGGAGUUUUGUUACAUGUGGCUUCUAAUAUUAUGAGGUUUUACAACAAUUAUCCUUUGUAGAAGGUAUUUUUACAUCAAGGUUUUGCAGCUUCUAGCAUUUCAGGUCUGCUGUUGUUUUAGUGUGAGAAGUCGUUUUUAAUGACAAGUGGAUCCGGAGGAGCUGGAGCUUUAUGAAAACUAAUUUAUUUGCUUUCUUUUAUUUCAGCCUCUUGUAAUUUAUGGAUUUUAAGAGUUGUGCAAUACAUAUACAUUUUUUUCCAUUUUAUUAUGAAUGUUAUUUGCUUAUCUGACACCCUUAUUCAGGGCAAUGUACAUACUAGAUUUUAUGUAACGACAAGGAACUAUUGUGCAGGUGAUGAUGAAGAGGCGCUGUCUUUAUUAUACUGAUUUUCCUGUUUACUCUUCCAUUUAGGCCAGAACAAUGUUAAGAAGGUAAUAAAAAAAACAAGUACGAUGCUUAAAACUCAGACAAGUCUGAGGUAUUUUGAAUUCAUUCCAUAAGACCUGUCUCCCAGAAUCUGUGACUUAUAGAACUGUGUACUUUGGAAGGUAACUGUAAAAAACCUUUAAAUGUAACAUUUGAUUUUUCCAUACUUACUUAACCUGUGUUCUAGGUACAGGAAUGACUCAUUUUCCAGUCCAUAUGCUGCAAUAAAGAUUAUCAGUUGCCAGUCAUUUUAAGCUCAACAUGGGGACAGAAAGACAUAAUAAAACACUAAUAUAGCUGCUGUAAUAGCCAGUUAUUCUCAUAAAUGGCAACCUGAAAAUGGAUUUUUGCUGCCUAGUGAAUCCUAAAAUCAUUUUUAUCAAUGUUUAAUUUUUUUUUAAUUUAAUUUUAUAUCAUAUUUAACAUUCCUCAUUCUCCUUUGUGACAAUGGUAUUGAGGUCACUUACUGCCACUAGGAUUCUGUAAUCCCUAAUCAUUUACUACUACUAAAUAUAAGAAAAUCAUAUAUUUAUGAUUUACAGAGAUACAAUGAACCAUCUGUAUUUUCUUGUUAAUUUCUGACUUCUGUGAAAAUGUGAAAUUCUGUUCACAUUCUUUUCCCUUUUCAAUGGUUUAUCCCAGUGACAGAUUAGGUUUAAAUCUCGUGGUGGUCUGCCAGAAAGAAGGGUUUAAAAGAAAUUGGUAUUAAAUGGGUAAAGAAAAAAAAUGCUUCAUCGAUGCAAUUUGAGUUAUUCUGGGUUACAGAAGCUCAGGAAGGGUUUUUUGUUGGAACACUUAUUCGGCUUAACAAAAAUGUCUGCUGGGCAUUAAAACAUGAAAAACUAGUGAAACACAAUUUAGAUUAACUAUUGUAUUCUUUCAAGGUAAUUUUUUACUAUAAUUCUUUUUCUAAUAUUUCACUUUCUACCUGACUGCCAGUGGUUUCAUAAAGUAGGGCAAAAAUGAAUGAAACUAUAACAUUCGUGUUAAACAACAUGGGUAUACAGUAUAAGUAUUGAGAGUUGUUUGCAGAGAUCAGAUAAACAAGGCUUUGAAUUAAAACAGAUAUUUUAUUUCAAAGCCUUUAUUUCAUUAAAUGGUUCAUGAAGCUCCAGGAGCAUGAUGUUCUAAACAAAGAAAAACAUGCCUUUCUCAGAAUCUUCCUUAUCUGCACAGAGAGGUAGACCCUAAAUACUUUCCUCAUUCCACUAUGUUAGAGUCUCUUAGUAUUAUAGAGUGUCUUCUUUCUAUGGACAGCUAAGUCACUGCUGAACUUUGCAGGCAGUAUACACUGUAGCCUCAACAGUGUUUUUAAGAAUGUGUAAGGAAUGUACUGGAAUGCAUUACCAUGUACCCCGUAGAAUGUUGGUAUGAAUAAAAUACUGGUAUAAAAAUAAUCAGAAUUCUGAUAAAUAAUAUUAGGAUAAAAUAAUUUUGUUGUAUAAGUAUAUUUACUUCUUGUGAUGAAUUAAAUAAUAAUAAAUAACAAAUGUAUUUGCAAAAUCUUCCAAAACACCAAAGAAAUUAAAUGUACAAUAUCAACAAAGUGUUCUUGGCAGCACCUUCUACUCCCUCCAUCUAGAUCUUUGUUCUUCUUGAAAUAAGAACUGUAAGUCAUCACAAUGUAUGACCUCUUAAAUUUGAACAGUUUUACUGUUAGUGUAUGUUCUGUUAUUGUAGAAAUUCCAUGCAAGGGUUCAUUUAAAAUCAAUUAAAGCUUGAAAUACAGUCUAAGUUUUUCUAGGCAUAGGAUCUCUCAGCAAAGGCAAUAUUAAUCUGUAGCUUACUGAAUUCAGGCUGAAACACAGUGGCACCAUUAGGAAGCAUAAAGGGAAAGACCCUUUUUAAAUUACAAAAAUGUAACUGGUAUUCUUCUGGCAAAUGUUUAAAAAACUAAAGGGAAACUAUAAUGACACUUAUAGCUAGAUUGUUAUUCACAUUAUUUAUCUUUUCAGCAAUUAUGUAGUUUUAUUUAUUUGAUACACCACUUGCAAAGGUAGUGUUGUUUAUGUAUUAUGGCAUGCUCUGCCACAUAUUAAAAUAUAAAGUCGUGGUCUGAGCUUUAAAGUUGACCUGUUGCUCAGCUGCUCUACCGUUAAAUAGGAAAAUAAUCUGCUGUAUAUCAUGAAUACAUUUCACAAAAUAUAAAAACUAUUAAUCUUUUGGUAUUGUGUGUUAUUCCACAGUCUUUACUUGAAUAAACAUAUUUAGAAAAAAUAAAAUAAUAAGAAAACACUGUAUAUUUUUACACUGAAUUGCUGUCGCACUGGUUUAGACUUGAAAAGGUCUUCCAUCAGGACAUCUUAUGGUGCAUGAAUACUGCUUAAUUUUAUCUUCUGUUACUCAUAUGAAAACAAGAUGUUGAUAGCUCAAAGCAUUUGAUAGGUAUGAUAUGAAAAAUCUACUCUAUUUCUGUUAUGACUGUUAUGCUAUGCCUACGUUUAGGCUGUUUCUUGUUCAGUUUGUAGCAUCAUCUUUGGAAAGUUUUGCAGGUGUGUGAAACUUUGUGUGGCUUCAGUUUUCUUUCUGUGAAAAUACGCUCUGUACAUGAUACAUAUGAUGUUACAUUUUCAAUAAAAAAGA